CUGUGGUGGAAGCCUGUGUGCUGCACGGGUUAAAGCGGCGUAUCGCGGGACUGCUGUGCAGCAACAAAGUGGCAGCGCUCUUCAUGAAAGUGGCCAAAAGCUUCACGCCCGCAGAGCAACUUUGUCACAAGGUCCAAGAGCUGGAGCAACUUAUGGAAAACAGCAAACAGAACAAUUCCUCGCAGGGCAUUGAGCGAAGUCGCCGGUCCAAGUUGAACAACCUUCCGCCUCAGGCACUCAAACACUUGUGGAUCCGAACGGCUCUUCUGGAGAAGCUCCUGGACAAGAUCAUACUGUAUUUAGUGGAGAACUCCAGUAUCUUUUAUGAGAAAGAAGCCAUGUUGAUGGAUCCUGUGGAUGGACAAAUUCUUGCCUCACUUUUGGUCGGCCCCUGUGCUUUGGAGUACACCCUAGUGAAGACCGCUGACCAUUUCUGGACAGACCCGUCAGCCGACGAGCUGGUACAGAGGCACCGCAUCCACAGUGGCCAUUGUCGACAGGACUCACCCUCCAGGAGGCCUGCCCUGAUUCAAAAGAGGCAGUCCAGUGGCAGCAUGGACGAUCGCCCUUUGGUGUGGGCGAGAGAGUAUGUGGAAUCGCUUCACCAGAACUCCAGAACCACAUUGCUGUUUGGAAAGAACAACGUCCUGGUGCAGCCGAGGGACGACAUGGAGGCCAUUCCGGGCUACCUCUCGCUGCAUCAAACGGGAGAGCUGAUGACACUAAAAUGGACGCCCAAUCAGCUAAUGAAUGGCAAUGUGGGGGAGCUGGAUUCUGAGAAGAGUGUCUACUGGGAUUUCGCCAUGACGAUUCGCUUGGAGGAGAUUGUAUACCUCCACUGUCACCAGCAAGUGAACAGUGGUGGAACCCUCGUGCUGGUGAGCCAGGAUGGCAUCCAGAGACCCCCUUUGCACUUCCCCAAAGGCGGCCACCUGCUCCAGUUUCUCACCUGCUUGGAGACGGGCCUUCUUCCUCACGGCCAGCUGGACCCACCGCUUUGGAAUCAGAGGGGGAAGGGAAAGGUUUUCCCCAAAUUGCGCAGGAGGAGCCCGCACAGCUCAUGCGACUCGGUGUCUGAUAAAGAGGACGAAGAGGCAACGGAUUACGUGUUUCGGAUCCUCUUUCCUGGGAUUCAAAUGGAGUUCAUGCCUUUAGAGUUGAUGGACCAGGGUAUGAACAUGUGGCAACCAACACCCAGGACGUCCUCUGGUUCCUCCUGCUCACAGACAGGAUCAUCCGAUAGCUCUCUGCCCAGUGGCUGCAGUCAAGAAAGGGCUCCUUUGAAACUCCUCUGUGACACCAUGAAGUACCAGAUCAUCUCCCGUGCAUUUUAUGGCUGGCUGGCGUACUGUCGUCACCUGUCCACGGUUCGCACCCACCUCUCCGCUCUGGUCAACACCACCAUAGUCUUCCCUGAUGUGCCCUCGAAUGCACAGGGGGGUCUCUCUGCUGACGUCUGGGCCAGGUUUCUCCAGGACAGUUCUGCCUUUGAAGAGCUGGAGAUAUACAGGUUGGUCUAUUUUGGAGGCGUGGCACCUUCUCUACGCAAGGAAGUCUGGCCCUUCCUGUUAGGACAUUACCGUUUCACAAUGACUGAGAAAAGCAGGCUGGAGAUUGAUGAGCAGAUGCGGCUCAUGUACGAGCAGACCAUGAAAGAAUGGCAAGGCUGCGAGGCCAUUGUCCAACAGAGGGAGCGUGAGAAACACGCAGAGGCCCUCGCCAGGUGUUUGUCCGGCAACAGUGUUGAACAAGCGCCAGUGGUGGAGCGGGACUCGACCAUUAGCACAGAUUCAUCACUAUGCAGCAGCUCGGAUCCACAGAAUACGCAGUCACAGAGUGACUCAAGCAGUAAUGGUGUACCGGUUUUUGCAUCAGUUGAAACUACGGAUCCCACAAGGCCUGAAGGAGGUCAAAUAGAGCACAACGGUCCAGUAAAGGACAUCUCAGCCGGUCCUUCCAGGUCCAGCAACUUAUCCAAAGUGGAUGUGACGAAACCACCACCAUCAGCCUGCGAUAGCUACCUUCUUUUAACUGAGCUAGCUAAUUCAUCAGGAUCCUCACAGGAGUCGGUGAAGCCAUCGGACGUCUUGACUGAGGAAACUACAGCUGAAUCACUGCCAGACACGGUCAAUGUACUUGAGUCGGUGCCAAAGGACAGUCUCUUAGGAAGUGACAAGAUGGAUAGGAAUGAAGCUGCUGGGAUAAUUGAGCUCUCAGAAUCGGAGGAAAAAGCUGAAAACACAAAGACCGCAAAUGCGAUCAUUGACGCGAGAGUCCCACCAGACACUACUAAUGUCAUACGUCUGGAAAAGGAGAUUCAGAAUAAGUAUUUCCAAGCGCCACCACUCGGACAAACUCUUCAAGCACAAAAUGGAAGAGAUCAAGAAAAGGAUUCUUCUGAAAUGAAUGAUAUUGCAACAAUCGGCAGAGAUCCGGAAAGUUUGGAAAAAGAAGAAAUGAUUAACAACCUGCGCUCGCAAUUGUUGACUGCCUGUCUCUUAGAGGUAGACAAUGCUGAGUUGGCAGAUUCAGGAUUGUCCGAAGCCAGGAAUGUGUCUGGCGUAUCAAACUCACCAGUCAGGCAAGUACUUGACGCUCUACAGUCGGCAUCCCGCGGGAGCCUUUUGCUAUCGUCCCAUCCCAGGCAGUCCUCGGAUUCUGAGGACUCUCCCUCUGCCCUGGAGAUGGAGGACAUCCCUGUCGGGGUGGCCUGCCUGAAUGUCGAGGAAUUGAACACAAGGCCCUUGACUAACCUAGCCGCCCCGCCAGCGUAUCUGGCUCGGAGAGCCAAGCUGGCACGCGAGGACCUUGUCCUAGACAUCGCUUGCAACACCAGUCCUGAGGACACUGACGCAGGAUUGUCUGAAGACGAGCCUGAUGUGGAAAACGAGUUAACCGCACCAGAGUCCUCCGAGGUGGUCACGGAGUCCAAACAGGAGGCCUCCACAGCUCAACAAAUAUACUCUCAAGAAAUCAUGGAUAUGUACCUAAUCAACUUGCAUCGUAUUGACAAAGACGUCAGACGAUGUGACCGCACAUACUGGUACUUCACUCAAGAAAACCUGGAUAAGUUGAGGAAUAUCAUGUGCAGCUACGUGUGGCAACACUUGGACAUAGGUUACGUCCAGGGCAUGUGCGACAUACUGGCUCCCCUGCUGGUGAUUCUGGAUGACGAGGUGAUGGCGUUCAGCUGCUUCACAGAGCUGAUGAAAAGGAUGAACCAGAACUUUCCACACGGGGGCGCUAUGGAUUCUCACUUUGCCAGCAUGCGUUCGCUCAUUCAGAUCCUGGACUGUGAGCUGUUUGAGUUGAUGCAGCAGAACGGUGACUACACUCACUUUUACUUCUGCUACCGAUGGUUCCUGCUGGACUUCAAAAGAGAAAUGGUGUACGAUGACGUUUUCUCGGUGUGGGAGACCAUCUGGUCGGCAGCGUACACCACCUCUGAGCAUUUUGUGCUUUUCAUCGCACUGGCGCUGGUGGAAACGUACAGGGACAUCAUUCUGGAGAACAACAUGGACUUCACUGACAUCAUCAAAUUUUUCAAUGAAAUGGCCGAGCGACACGACAUCCCACGGGUCAUGACGAUGGCUCGGGACUUGGUCCACAAAGUCCAGACGCUCAUCGAAAACAAGUAAUUCCGGACUCGAUAGUUCUUUUGUCAUUUUCUUUCGAAUAACACGACAGAACAAAAACGGGGUAAAAUUGCAGUAAGAGUCUUAAGUGGUUAAACUUGAUUGUCAGUUCAAAAACUUUCAGUUGCUCCUAUCUCGAGUGAGGCAGACGAUAAAGGCCAGUAUAUUGAUUUUUUUCGUGUUAUUGUUCACAUUGUGAAUGUACCCUUGUUGAAACAGCUUCAGGAUGUUAAUUUUGCCUUAAAUGUUGCCAUUCUUUUCAGGGAUACGGUUUCAUUUUUAAGUCAUACCUUACUAAUGUCUUGUGCUGCUUUGUUGGGUUUCAGGAUACCUAAAAGAAACAAACACGGAAAGUCUUGAGUUUGUACAUUAUCCUUGGUGCUUUCAAUUUUUCUUUAAGGCUUUUAAAUCAGAAGCACACAUCUUUCUGUGUUGGUACUGCUUAUCUGCAAAAACAUCAUUCCACAAUUCAUUUGAAGGAUUGCCCACCAGGCUUUUAACCAUAUCAAAUAUGAUAGAUUCAGGUGUCCACAUUAGGGUCUGGGUAGAUUACACAACAUUAAUUGUAAGUUGUUUCAAAACAUUUCAUGCCAGAUAAAUAUUGCUGCUUAGACUAACCGGUCAAUGCUCUCCCAAAGUAUUUCAGUGGCUCCCAAUUAGUUCCAAAGCUUGUUUGGUGUCAUCAAUGUUUCAUGAUCAUUGCUUAUGUGUUCCGCCAAAGCGCCCCAGUGUUGUGAAUUGCUGUGCUCCUUCUGUCAAAAUUGCUGGAUACAAUGUGAGACCCAUUGUACAAAGCUAGCACAUUUAUUAAAUGCAAUACAAUGUCGAUAUAUGGGCUUCACCUGAUCAUGAACAAAGCUGAGAAAAAAGAAAUCCAUUGGAGACAAAUUUUAUUUUUUCUUUCUGUCUUGAAAAUGUUACUUGUUAGAAUUUAUUUAUUGUGAAUUAAAAUAUUCUAUUUUG